CCCUCCUGAAGACUUGCAAACUGUUGAGCCGUUGUUAUAGUGGAGACACAGUUUGCCUUAAAAUGCAGGAGGAGCAAACCUAUACAACAUGUUGGGGACCAUCUAAGAAUGGUAAAGCGUCGCUGUGCCAGUGUCCUGCUGGUCUCUGCAAUCUCCCCUGCAGUUGUAAAGACGUGGAUGCUCUUGGCUGAUGUCACAGUGGACGUGUCUGUGCUGGAGUUGAUGGGAGUUCGUUUGGAAGGUGUAGUUCCUGCCGCUGUGCUGCCGUUAACUCUGUCUGUGGUUUUUUAUCUGGGGCCCCUGGUCUACUCUGCCGUGGAAAACCCCGACGGUUUCACUGGAGAGCUGCGAUCUGCAUUUGAUGUUCCGUCGUGGCUGGUGUGUCUGCAGGACGCAGUGUGGCUCAGGAACCAGGUGGUGGCGCCAGUGACGGAGGAGCUGGUGUUCCGGGGGGCCCUGCUGCCCAUGCUCAUACCCUGCACCGGACCCACCGCUGCCAUUUUCACUGCUCCCCUCUUCUUUGGUGUCGAAGUUUUUCAUGGACAUUCUGAUGUCACUCCAGCUCAUUUCCACCACAUCAUAGAGCAGCGGCGCCUUGGCAAGAACCAUAUGAGCGACAUCCUCCUGAUGGCAGGAGUGCAGUUCCUGUACACAACUGUAUUUGGUGCCUUUACUGCCUUUAUAUUCCUAAGAACUGGCCACAUUGUGGGUCCAGUGUUGUGCCAUUCGUUCUGCAACAGCCAGGGCCUGCCUGACAUCAGUUCUGCCCUGCGGCACCCUCGCAGCGCCGCGCUGCUCUGCUCGUAUCUGAUGGGAGUUCUGCUGUUCCUGGCGCUGCUCUUCCCGCUCACAGACCCGCUCUUCUACGGUGCCAGUCCCGUCUGCAGCCUGCUCGCCCCGCCAGCAUCCCUGUGUUGAGAUAAACAGGAUUAGAUGCAUGUGAGCUCUUGGAAAUAUCUGUUCUGGGCUGAAUUUUCUUUCGUGAUACAUUCCUUUUUCAAUGCAGAAGCGUUUUCAUGAGAAGUGCUAGUGCGGGUGGGUGAGCAUGAGAGGAGAAGGUCUCCAGCCCCUCAGACAUUUCCUGCAUGACUGAAAAUAUUUCCUACUUUAUUGAAACUUAACACGAAUACAGCUUUCCCUGGCUUUGCGGAAGAAAGGGAAAAAAAAUUCUGUGUGUGCGCAUGUGUGUGUGUGUGAGCAGCUUAGAAAAACAGAUAAACUGUGAAAGGGAAUAGGUGAAAAGGGGAGCCAGUGCGGUAGACGGCAGUCGAGAAAGCCGCAUACGCAGACAGAGAGACAGACGGACAGAAACACAGACGCCGUUGCCAACAAAGACACUAAAGGGACCAAAGCAAAGAGACAGAACUAUGCAAAAAACCAUGUUUUUAAGGACAAAUCAGGCGACGACAGUUGGGCUUAAAUAGAAGAGACUGAAAAUAAGUGAGAAAGAGCGGCGGCGGCCAAAAGCAACACGAGCCAGAGCAGCAGGCGGGUCGGGGGAAAGGAGAGGGAAUUAAAAUAGGGAUGAAUUGAAAGAGAAAAGUUGGAGGCGGAGGAAGGGGAAAGAUUAGUGUCUCCCCGGAGAAUUAGAAAAUGUGGGGUAGUAGAGCUGAGGGAGGGGGGAGGAGGUCAUUCAGGGUAUCUGAAAACGGCUGAGAGGGGAAAGGUUCUGCUGAAUACGAUUUAUGAGACACCACUGUGGGUCAUUAAAACGUUGCAACUUGAAAUAGGAAAGUACAUUUACAUAUAAAUGCAUUAAGGACCAACUGAUUGUAUAUAUUGCCCUAAUUUUUCUGCACUUUGUCAUUUCGCUGA